AUGAGGCACAUCCUCGAAAUAGCCAGAGCCUUAAAUAAGUAUCUGGCCGUGUUUUAUGAACGUGACCACUGGCGGUUGGGCGUGGCGUUGGCCACCUACCUCCUCGUGCGCAGUACCGGCCUGCUUAAGUGCUCCUCGCUACCAAACGGUCUGUUCAAGGCUACACCGGGGGAUCUUUGUCUCUGCGCGACCUCACGUAACCGACCGCCGCCCCUCCCCGCGUCCCGCACGCGACGCCGGCCUCUGCCCCCACGGCAGGGUGUGGUGAGGAGCGCCGCGUGGAGCCUCGUCUCGCCCCUCGUGGAGCAGCUGUCGCGUGAAGCGGCCGCGUCCGACGGGCACGAGGCGUGCGAGGCUUGCCUGCGCGCCGUGGUUCAGGAGUGCAGCCCGAGGGAGCUGAUGCUGGGUUUGCUGGAGGCCCUGGAGGCCUCGCCGGUGGAGUCCAGCGCCCGCACCACCCUGCUGCUGCUGCCACAUGUGGACACAGUGUUGUCGCGGCUGCGGACGGGCCGGGCCUACUCGCUGGGCUUGUUUCUCUCUGGGGCCGUGAGCGCCACCAAGGCCCUGCCGCUGCCUCACACGGCCCAGCAGCGGCGGGCCGACGCACACUCCCUGCUGCGGGCCCACGCGGCCCUCGCCGAUGCCGUGCGGCCUUACGUCAUGCGGGCCGUCGGCCCCCCCGCGGGCCGCGACGCGCCUCCCGGCGCCAGCGCCGAACGCGAGGAGCUGAGGCUGGAGCUGCUGCGUUACUGCGCGUGCGUGCUGGAGUACCCGCUGCUGCCGGCCGUGAUGGACGCGCUGCCCGAGGAGGAGGAGGAGGAGGAGGCCGAGGAGUUCCCCCUGUGCGACACGGCACAGGCGCUGCUGGGCCACAUGGCGGCGCUGGGAGUGUCUCUCUCGGGGCUGGUGAUGGCAGGGGAGGGGACCAGGAGGGGAGGGGGGCACAGCGUGGGCGUGGUGGGGGGCAAGACGGAGGAAGGGGAGCCGCGGUUCAGCAGCGACGUGCUCUGCUGCCUGGCUCACCUGCUACUGGUGCAGCGCCUCCACGUGUUCCCAGCUGUGUACAGUCCGGAGUUCCUGUUGCAGAGGACCCUCUGCUACGUGUCGGCCAUGCUGCAGACGAACGAAGAGGCCGUCACGCUGAAGGGAAUGGCCCUGCUGGAGUGGGCGCUGGGACAAGCGGCGCCGCGGGCGCUGGGACGGCCGCUACUGGAGCUGCCGGUCUUCUUACAGCUGCCACAGGACCUGAUCAAGGUGAUGACGCUGUGUCCUGCAGAGCAGCUGCGCAGGCGCAGCCUGAGUCUGUUCCAGUCGUACCUGGAGCGCUUCGAGCCGGCUGCCACGCACACGCUGUACAGGGUGCUGUUCAGGACGAGCUCCCACGCGGGGGUCGCCGGCCUCCUCAUCCACGCGGUCAAGACGCAGGUCGACCUCGCGCUUCAGGGCUCCGCCGACGGGGACAGGGCCUGCUUCCUGGGCCCUUCGCUCGUGCCGCUGCUGCACUCGGCGCUCUCCCUGGAGCGCGGGGCCGAGACUGACCUCCUGCAGGGAUCCGACCGUGUGAUGGCCGGGCUCAAUCUGCUGAGGUACCUGGUCAUACGCGACCCCCCGUGGGAGAAUCGGACGUGUGUGUGGACCGAGUUGAGCCGCCUGGAGGAGCGCUUCCUGCGGCCCCUGCGCACGGGGCUGUCGCUGUCGCGGGCGCACUACGACAACGAGUUGAGGCGCGCGCGCAGUGGGGACGCGCGGAGAGACUCGGUCGCGGACGGCGCGGGGCUCUCCGUCAGCGUGGGCGGCGACCCCCUUCCCAGCAUGCCCCCGAAGCAACGCGCACAGGUUCUGCAGUUGGCCCUCUUCACCUUUGACCUCAUGGAGAGCGUGAUGGUGCGCCUGGAGGAGCUCAUAGAGGCGGAGCAGAAACCGCCACUCUGCGCCACCGGCCACCCCCUCAAGACACGAGCAGGACUCCCCCUAGACGUACCGGCCGCCCCCUAGACGUACCGGCCGCCCCCUAGACGUACCGGCAGGACCCCCACUAGAGGCAGUGGAGCACCACUGCGACCAGCGAGAGACAACCUGACGCGACAGCAUCACACGCGACGGACGCCUCGAGAAGAACGGCGUCGCCGCCUCCUUCCCCCCCUCCUCCAUCCUCCUGCACGAUCCUCGCCGCCCGGCGCACCGCGUGGGCACAGCAGCCUCCUCGCCCACCCACAGGAACGGUUUUGUUCCGCUCACUCUGUCCCAGAGGCGACCGUGAGCCCCCACCCCUCGAGCCGGGCGCCGGAGCAUCUCCCCCCACCUCCUCCCUGCCACCGCGAGCCCCCCCCCCCGACCCCCCCAAGGCACCAGCGCUCGUUGGCGCUCGUUGGCGCUCGUUGGCGCUCGUUGGCGCUCGCCAUGUGAGCCAACUCUGCACUUUGGUCCACGGGAGUUCUGAGAGGAAGAGUGGACGCGAGCAGCUGCCUAGGCCAGUAGGUGGUGGUGGUGAUGGUGGCUAUGCUGCUGCUGUAACCCAGCUGUGUGGAGGCAGUAGCGAGGGUUGGUCGAUCAAACACAGAUGGUGUGAAACGUCUCGUGGGCGUCGAGGAGGAGCCCUUGCCCCGUUGCUGCCAGGAGAAGGCUGUAGAGCAAAACAUGUGGACUCCACCCGUCCAGUCUGUAGGGGAUUGAGCGUUGCCCCUUCCCACAGGUGUGGGUUUUCUCCAGGUGCGGCGGUUUCCUACCACACGUGUAAACACUCACUAAAUGGGCGACAACUCACUACUAUGCAGAAGAGCGCAGGUUCACGGCGCGGUUUGCAGCUGCCCUCUCGCAGCUGCAAACCACGCGCCUCUUGUGUCGUUCUCCCUCGAUGAGAGUGCACAAAACCGACAUUGCGAUGUGGUGGCUUGCCACUGAACCGGUCGUUUGGGCUCCCGUUCCGUCAGUCGCACUCACGCUCGUGUAUGCAGUGUAGGGGGGUGAGAAACGGAUAUCUCUCGCUGCACGUCUUGAGAGUAUUCCGAGGGCUUUUAAACGAAGACGAGACUCGACAGGAACCCCGCGUGUGUCUUGUGUCCGGCUGAAGGUUUGCAAUAAAAGCAAAGCGCUGGUGGAAA